CCCCGCCCCCUCGCCGCGGCCGCCGGAGAGGCCCGGGCCGGAGUUUGCGGAGGGCCGAGCCAGGCACGCGCAGGGCGACGGCGCGCUCAGGUGAGGAAACUGAGGCCCCAUGAAGUGAAGUGACUUACCCACGGCCGCGUGGCUGGUCAUUUGGCUGCUGUCUUGACAAGGCUCUGCCGGGCGAGGGCAGACCAGAGGCCCCAGGAGGCAGCCUGUGGUGUGGAUCUCCUGGGUGUACCCCCACUUCUCCCUGCUCAUGCCGCUGGGACUGGGGCGGCGGAAAAAGGCACCACCCCUGGUGGAAAAUGAGGAGGCUGAGCCCGGCCGUGGCGGGCUGGGCGUGGGGGAGCCGGGGCCCCUGGGCGGAGGUGGGGCAGGGGGGCCCCAAAUGGGCUUGCCCCCCCCACCCCCGGCCCUGCGGCCCCGCCUCGUGUUCCACACCCAGCUGGCCCACGGCAGCCCCACGGGCCGCAUCGAGGGCUUCACCAACGUCAAAGAGCUAUACGGCAAGAUCGCGGAGGCCUUCCGGCUGCCAGCCGCCGAGGUGAUGUUCUGCACCCUCAACACCCACAAGGUGGACAUGGACAAGCUCCUGGGGGGCCAGAUCGGGCUGGAGGACUUCAUCUUUGCUCACGUCAAGGGGCAGCGCAAGGAGGUGGAAGUGUUCAAGUCGGAGGACGCUCUGGGGCUCACCAUCACAGACAACGGCGCUGGCUAUGCCUUCAUCAAGCGCAUCAAGGAGGGCAGCGUCAUCGACCACAUGCAGCUCAUCAGUGUGGGCGACAUGAUCGAGGCCAUUAAUGGGCAGAGCCUGCUGGGCUGCCGGCACUACGAGGUGGCCCGGCUACUCAAGGAGCUCCCCCGAGGCCGCACCUUCACCCUGAAGCUCACGGAGCCUCGCAAGGCCUUUGACAUGAUCAGCCAGCGUUCAGGGGGGGGCCGCCCCGGCUCCGGCCCACAGCUGGGCACAGGUCGAGGCACCCUCCGGCUCCGAUCCCGGGGCCCUGCCACAGUGGAGGAUCUGCCCUCCGCCUUCGAGGAGAAGGCCAUUGAAAAGGUGGAUGACUUGCUGGAGAGCUACAUGGGAAUCAGAGACACGGAGCUGGCUGCCACCAUGGUUGAGCUGGGGAAGGACAAAAGGAACCCAGACGAGCUGGCAGAGGCCCUGGAUGAACGGCUUGGUGACUUUGCCUUCCCGGAUGAGUUCGUCUUUGACGUGUGGGGUGCCAUUGGGGACGCUAAGGUUGGCCGCUACUAGGACUCCACUGGACCUCAUGUGAUCACCUGGGCCCAGCCUGGAGGGAUCCCCAGAAGGACACCAGGGCCUGGGCCCGAGUUCCCAGCCUGGGGCAGUAGCUCAGCAACCCAAGGACAAUGCGGAGCAGAGGUGGGGCCUGCCCCGGCCCCAAGCCAAUCGGUACCACCACUCUCCCUGCUUCCCAGCCCGGCUGGGGUCCCCAGCCUCCCUGUCCGGUUCCCCAUCUACCUCAGCCGGGCCAGGUGCGUAGGAGGGAUGGCCCAAUUGGGCGGCUGCCCCUGCCCCCAGCAGUCCCCACCAUGGCUGCCAGACUGGUCCCAGGGUCUCUGGGGCCUCAGGUCCUCUCUGGGGGCUGUGACCUCUCCAGGUUCCUGCUGCAGGGAAUGCAGAAGGGGGGCACCCCUUACUGCCAGCAAAUGCAAUAAUACCCUCCCUUCUGAGAGGAGCCCCUCAACCUGGAUUCUGUUACCUCCGCAUUUGAAGAGUCUGCUGUGAACCCCCACCUCCCCACACCCUCACGUCCAGGCCCCAAACCACAGCGGGAGGGAGGGACUUUGUAUCUGAAUUUGCGUCUGGAACAUAAAGAAUCUAUCUGCUA